GGGUCAUGUGACCGGGCUGAAACAUGGCGGACGCAGCGAAGGCUCUCAGCGGUUUGUUGAGCGGAAUCGCUCAGAACGUUUAUCAUGAGAAAGAAGAGAUGACGGAGGAUCUGCUGAGGAGGGAACUGUUCCCAGAUCUGUCCGAGGAGCAGUUCAGAGUCCUGUUCGACAAGAUGAGAGGCCUGCUGAAGUCUAUUGCCACAGCUGACAUGGACCACGCCCAGCUGGAGGCCUUCCUCACCGCUCAGACCAGGAGGCAGGGCAGCGGGGGGGUGACCCCCGAACAGGCCGCCGCCCUCUCUCGCUUCUGGAAGAGCCAGCGAGUCCGCGUGAGGGAGAGCUUACUGGCUCAGAGCCGCUGGGAGCCCGGCCUCAGGGGCCUCUCCUGGAGAGUGGACCUCCAGGCUGCAGCCGGCCGGGCCGACGCUGCCCACAGCGGCCCGGUGGCUCUGGUGGAGCUGCAACUGGGCCGAGCUGGACAGGACUCUGAGUUUGUUUGUCUGGAGUUUGAUGAAGCCAGAGUCAACCAGAUGCUGAAGAAGAUGGCCGACGUUCAGGAGAGCGUGGACCGGAUCGUUCAGCACACCUGAGUGAGACGGUGUGGGACUCUCUCUCUUUCUCUCUCUCUCUCUCGCUCUCUCUUUCUCUCUCGUCCGGUUGGAUCUGAUACCGCUUUCGCCCCUGCCGACUAAACAACUACAUAUAUAUUUAAAGCCCAGCCCUGUUCCUGAUUGGUUCUUAUCAGCAACAACUCGACCACCAGCGGGAACUGGAAAGCGACGCUGACACGGGACUCACAUCUCAGUGUUGCGUUAAGGCAGUGGGCGUGGCGCUUGGCAGUGGGCGUGGCGCUUGGCGUCGGCGUGAUCAUCAAAACGACAUCUAUCACGUUCUUUGUGCUCAGGACUCACUCAAAGGAGCCGUCCUAACUAACGUGCCAUGCUAGCUGUCAACGCUAAAGAGAAGAAACGGGAAAAUGAAAUCCACGACCAGAUGAACACACACCAGCUGACGAUGGGAUUUGAUUGUCGCGUCAGUUUUUUGCUGAAAUUCAAACGGGCAGGAGGUUUGUGUUCGACCUUCAUAACCCGUUCAAAUUUGAAAUGUCCUGUGUAGAAUCCAGUGCCUGAGGUCUUUGUGUCCUGAUCCAGCAGGGGGCGCUCACUGUCAGCUUGUCCUCCUGCUGGUUGAUGACAUGAGGUUUGAAUUCAAGUGUCUGCUGGAGCAGUUCUAUUGUUUGAACAGAGAUGUCAUCGUUAAUGAUAAUUAAUUCUGAAACAUGGUCUGAUGUAAUAUUAAUGAAUAAAUCUACAUGUUCAACAUAA